AUGGCCAAUUAUGAACGACUACUACGUCCAAUGAGGACGACUAAGUGUGACGUUUUAAAAUUUGUUGCUGUCUCUUAUACCAUCACAGGUUUAGCGAUUGUUGAACAUGUCCUGGCCGUGAACUAUAAACUAACAUUUCUAAUGAAUUGCAAGAACGAAACAACACUGAGUUUGGAGAUCGUGCUUCUAUAUGUUCGCUUUUACACCUCACAUCUUUUUCGCUACGUCCAAGUGGAUUUGUGGAAGGCGUUUGUAUACAAGAAGUCUGUGAACUGGCCUGAAUUACGUGUACAUUAUUCUUACCUGACGCAAAUGUUGAAUGACAUAAAUUCGCAUAUAUCUUUGUUGAUUCUGUUGUCUUUCUUCACUAAUAUAUUUUAUCUUUGUUUGCAACUAUUCUACGCUACUAAUCGCCUAUACUCUCAACGCGAAGGUUGCCCACAAGAAGAUGUCAUUUCAUCUGUCGAUAGUGCUGAAUAUACAGCGUACUACGUGUUUUCCUUUUUCUUUCUGCUUAUGCGUUCCACGAUCACCUCGUUAGCUGCUGUAAGUGUCCACACCGAAGCCAUGAAACCAUUACGAGCUUUGCGUCGUGUCGCCACAGAAGAGUACACUCUUGAAGUGCAGAGAUUCAUCCGACAAAUACGAUACAUUGAGCCCGCAUUGAACGAUAUCGACAAAUUGAAGCAGCAUUGUCGAUGCGAUUUCGACAAUCAACAAUCUGCUUUUCGACGGUCGACGAGUGCUUUUAUCAUUGUGGGACAAUGCAUCGGUCUAAAUCCGGUAUCUGGUGCACUAGGAAACGAUGUAUCAGAAAUAAGACUCAAAAUAAUGUCAUUCAAACACUUGUAUAGCCUGGCUUUGUGUUUUCUGCAGUUAGUGUUAGUUCUCUUAUGCUUUGUUGAUUUGGCAAAAAAAUCUAUAACACUUACAGCUCUAGCAUAUUUAUCAUUUUACGCUACAACGUUCAUGACUACUGUACUCUUCCUGCGUCUUGCAAAGAGAUGGCAGUCACUAAACAGGGAACUAACAGAGUCCCGCUUAGAUGAAUAUGUGGAUCCGUAUAUGCAUUGUAAAUGCGCAACAGUCACAAUUAUUUGUAUGAGUCUCGCCCUCUUUGAGCAUUCCCUUGCAUUACUGACAAGAUUAAGCCAUGUAACCGAUUGUAACACAAACAUACAGGACAUAUUAAGGAUGUACACAGAACAAUAUUUUGAAUGGCUAUUCUACACUAAUUUUCAGUAUAACACGUUCAUUGGAGUAUUUAACGUGAUUCUCAACAUAUUGUGUAACUUGACCUGGAACUAUUCCCACGUCUUCAUAAUUUGCAUAAGUCUGUACUUGAGCUCUAUACUUGAACAUAUUAACAAGAAACUUGUCUCUACGGAAGGUCAGUUUCGCCCGCCGUCGUUCUGGAGGAGCCUCCGGGAAGACUACAGCAAUGCGACUCGACUGAUCCACGUGUUUGACGACAACAUUAACGGUAUCAUAUUCGUAGCCUUCGCGAGCAAUCUAUUCUUCAUCUGCUUGCAGCUGUUCUUCGUUUUAUCGCCAUUCGGAGGCUUAGAGAAUGUAGUCUACAUGACAUUUUCACUGGUUUUCGUGCUUUCUCGCUCUUUGGCUGUGUCGCUGAUUGCAGCGCGAGUCCACUCCGCGACUUUACUGGCCGCACCCGUCCUUUAUGCUGUGCCUUCUCCGGUCUACUGUGUUGAGGUGCAGAGGUUCAUCGAGCAAGUCCACGGGGAUAACGUGGCACUUACCGGGAUGAAUUUUUUCCACAUUACAAGAGAACUGGUGCUUUCGCGUACCGCCCCAUUAGUGCGUUGCGCUGCGUUGCGUCGCGUCAUCGCAACGGAACAACGCAUUGUAUGCCACACCUGUGUUGCGUUGACGCUGCGCCAACGCAACGCAAGCGGGCAUGCACGUCGACGCAGUUGCGUCUCAGUUCAGCCUUUGCAAUGGAUAGAUACAAACGUGUUCUUUUGUUGCUUUUAUUACGGCACCGCCGAAAUAAACGUAGAAAUCAUAGAAGAUUCUGGAUAUCUCCUUUGA